ACUAGCCUCGCGUGUUAAUCGUGCCGUACCACUUUUUCGAACCAGAAUAGACGCGUCCUUGGGUAUGUAGGGUCUCAGUGGUUUGCACAGAGAGGACAUUUCGAAGAAUCUGUCCCAAAUAUUACUCAUUAAUUUACAGGAAAGGGACGUUAAAAACGACUAAAAGAGUAUGCAUUUUGGUAAGCAAUGGGGCCAGCAGGAGACAAUUCCAGGCCCUCUUUUGCUUUCAUAAGCAUGAUAAUUGAGUGCUAAUUAGCGUUGCGGAGGAGCGUAACAAGUGCAGAGAUGGCAGAUUCAAAAGUGGAGACUACUGCAAGGCUUGCCCAGUGGAAGAUUGACAACUUGGUCAAUAAUUCUAUUCGCAAGUCGGACCCCUUCAGAGUUGGAAUGUGGAACUGGCACUUGUCAGUUGAGAAGAACAGGUAUUUAUAUGUCCGUCUUUUUCCCGAGGCUGGUCGUAUUUCAAAAGAACAGCCACCAAUUGCAAUGUUUGUGCUCCGGAUCUUCAAUAUAGGAGGAAGUCGACGGCCUUGGACUUCACCAGUCCAUAAUAAGUUGCUCCGCAGCAGUGAGGACUUUGUAUGGCCUGUAGAUAGUAGCUUUCAUGGACGAUUAGUCAUUGAUGUGGAGUUUUUAGACCUGAAAGUUGCUACAAUGAAUGGUGCAGAAGCAUGUUCCAUAUGGCCUAAUGAGGGAGCAAUGCAGUUGCAAGCAACUAAGGGUGCGCUAAAAUGCCUUUCCCGUAUGUUGGACGAUGGUCUUCACACAGAUGUAACUAUUAAUACUGCUAAUGGUAGUGUUAGAGCACAUCGAGCUAUUUUGGCAGCUCGAUCCCCUGUUUUUGAGAGCAUGUUCUUACAUGACCUCAAAGAAAAGGAAUCAUCAGUAAUUAACAUCGAAGACAUAUCUGUUGAAGCUUGUAUGGCUCUUUUAAGCUACAUCUAUGGUGGUAUCAAACAUGAAGACUUUUGGUACCACAGAGUAGCUUUGCUGAGAGCUGCUGAUAAAUACGAUAUUGGCGACUUGAAGGAAUCUUGCGAGGAGAGCCUUUUGGAGGACAUAGAUUCAAAAAAUGUUCUUGAGAGGCUGCAAGAAGCCUGGCUUUUUCAGCUAAGUCGACUCAAGAAAAAAUGCUUGAUGUACCUGUUUGAUUUUGGAAAGAUCUAUGAUGCUAGAGAAGAUUUGAGUGCAUUUUUCCAGCAUGCUGACAGGGAGUUGAUGAUUGAGAUGUUUCAAGAAGUGCUAAAUUCUUGGAGAUUAUGAUGAAAUUUACAAACUAGUACUAAAUUGCCAUCAAUCUCUGUGUACUUAAUAUUCUGUUCCAUUUUGCAUUAUAGUGUUAUGGAUAAAUUCUGGUGAUGGCUGAAGUUAACUCUGUAUUUUACAUGCAUAGUGGUACUCCAUUAAAUUGUCAUCAAGCUCCGUCUAUUUAAUAUUCUGUUCCAUUUUGCA